UCUCUCUGUCGUCUGUCUGUGUGACAGUGAACAACCGUCCAAAUGGCUCAACAGGGAGUUCUGCUGGACCAGGACCAGUUCUGUUGUUCUGUCUGUCUGGAUCUACUGAAGGAGCCGGUCACUACUGCCUGUGGACACAAUUACUGUAGAAUCUGUAUUGAGGGCUGCUGGGAUCAGGAUGAUCUGAAAGGGGUCUACAGCUGUCCUCAGUGCAGAGAGACCUUCACUCCAAGGCCUAAUCUGAGGAAAAAUAACAUGUUGGCUGAGCUGGUGGAGAAACAGAAGAAGACAGGACUCCAGGCUGCUCCCCCUCCUGCUCUGUGCUAUGCUGGACCUGGAGAUGUGGCGUGUGAUUUCUGCACUGGGACCAGAAAGCAGAAAGCCCUCAUGUCCUGUCUGGUGUGUCUGGCCUCUUACUGUGAGACUCACCUCCAACCUCACUAUGAAUUUCCUGCUUUCAAGAAGCACAAGCUGGUCAAAGCCACGGCACAACUACAGGAGAAGAUCUGCUCUCAUCAUGACAAACUGCUGGAGGUUUACUGUCGUACCGAUCAGCAGUGUAUCUGUUAUCUGUGUACAAUGGAUGAACAUAAAGGCCAUGAUACAGUGUCAGCUGCAGCAGAGAGGACUGAGAAACAGAGGCAGCUGGGGAUGAGUCAGCAGAAGGUCCAGCAGAGAUUCCAGGAGAGAGAGAAGGAGCUGAAGGAGCUCCAACAGGCUGUGGAGUCUCUCAAGCGCUCUGCACAGUCAGCAGUGGAGGACAGUGAUCAGAUCUUUACUGAUCUGAUCCGCUCCAUUGAGAGAAGGAGCUCUGAGGUGAAGGAGCUGAUCAGAGCCCAAGAGAAGGCUCAAGUGAGUCAAGCUGAAGGACUCCUGGAGCAACUGAAGCAGGAGAUAGCUGAGCUGAGGAAGAGAAGCACUGAGCUGGAGCAGCUCUCACACACAGAGGAUCACAUCCAUUUCCUCCAGAGUUAUCAGUCUCUCUCUCUCUCUCUCUCUCUCUCUCUCUCUCCAGAGGUAUCAGUCUCUCUCCAGUAUCAGUGUAUCUUCAGACUUACCCAGCAUCGUUGUCCGUCCUCUUCAGUACUUUGGAGAUGUGAGUAAGACUGUGUCUGAACUGAGAGAGAAACUAGAAGACUUCCUUAAAGGAGAAUGGA